UUUCUCUUGGCUUCCUGACAACCCCUAUGUGUUUGCUGGGGACCCGGCACAGGUGGAGGAAAGCCGUAGUAAUUGUUCUAGGGAAAUGGAUGCUGGAAGGAAGAUACGGGAGGGAGGGAGACCCUAAGUUUGGGGAGGGCUCGAACUCGGCGCGCCUGGGUGGCCCAGGAGGGCACGGCAGGGCUGCGGGGGUGCUGAUGAGAACUGGAGAGGAUGUUCCCGAACCCCUGCCUGGUCAGGGAGACGCACCCACCUCCCAUGCACCCUCACCUAACCAGCGCGGGGAUUUCUUCCACCCCCUCCUGCUGGCCUUCCGAAGAAAGCGAAAGUGAAAGAGGGGAAGAGGCUUCUGGGCUGAGGAGAUCGCAGCGCCAUGAAGCUUCUGUCUCUGCUCCUCGCUGUAGCUUUGGACCUGGUAGCCGCCGUCUCGGCAGGACCCGCAGUAAUCGAGUGCUGGUUCGUGGAGGAUGCCACCGGAAGCCACCUGGCUAAAAGACCUGGUGCACUGCUGCUGCGCCAGGGACCCGGAGGACCGCCGCCCCGUAUAGACCUCGACCCUAAGCUCUACCUCAGCGUGCAUGACCCUGCAGGAGCCCUCCAGGAUGCCCUCAGGCGGUACCCCCAGGACGCCCCUGCGCCACACUGCGAGAUGAGCCGCUACGUCCCGCUCCCUGCCUCUGCGAAUUGGGCCAGUGGCCUGACCCCGGAGCAGAGCUGCCCAAGGGCCCUGGAUGGAGCUUGGCUGAUGGUCAGUAUGUCCAGCUCUGUCCUCAGCCUCUCCAGCCUCUUGCAACCACAGCCAGAGCCUGAGCAGGAGCCCGUUCUCAUCACCAAGGCAACAGUGGUGCUGACUGUCCUCACUCACACCCCUGUCCCUCGAGUAAGACUGGGACAAGAUGCUAUACUGGACCUGAGCUUCAGCUACAUGCCCCCCAGCCCUGAGGCUGCCUCAUCUCUGGAUCCAGGUCCUCCUCCUUUUGGGCUGGAGUGGCGACGCCAACACCUGGGUAAGGGGCAUCUGCUCCUGGCUGCAACUCCUGGACUGGAUGGACAGAUGCCAGCAGCCCAAGAGGGGGCAGUGGCAUUUGCUGCUUGGGAUGAUGAUGACCGAUGGGGCCCAUGGACUGGGAAUGGGACCUUCUGGCUGCCUGCAGUGCGGCCCUUUCAGGAGGGCACCUAUCUGGCCACUGUACACCUGCCAUACCUGCAAGGACAGGUCACCCUGGAGCUUGCUGUGUACAAGCCUCCCAGAGUGUCCAUGACACCAUCACCUCUUGUAUGGGCUGCCCCUGGGGAGGCUCCUCCGGAGUUGGCCUGCCAUGUGUCCCAUUUCUACCCUUCUGAGGGCCUGGAGGUAGAGUGGGAGCUCCGGGGUGGCACAAAGGGUGGCUCUCAGAAGAUUGAGGGACAGAGGUGGCUCUCUGCCUUGCACCACCAUUCUGAUGGCUCUGUUAGCCUCUCCGGGUACUUGCGGCCACCCCCAGUCACUGCUGAGCAGCAUGGGGCACACUACACCUGUCGAGUCCACCACUCCAGCCUUCCUGCCUCAGGGCGCAGAGCUGAGGUCACUCUGGAGGUGGCAGGCCUCUCAGGACCCUCCCUCGAGGACGGAGUAGGCCUUUUCUUGUCCUCCUUUCUCCUACUUGGACUCAUCAAGGGGCUGGCCUGGGUUGCUGCCUACCUGUCCAGCAAGGAUUCAAAGGAGAAGCCUAUGUGUUCCCCCGUGCCAGAGCCGCUGCCUACCUCUCUAGCCCUAUAUGGUUCCCCCCUACCCCGGCCCUCUUCUCAAUGCUUAUCGCACCGACAGAUAAUUCCUUUCCUCCAGUGAAGCUAAUGCCUCCCACCUGCCUCUGGGUCCCAGCGCUCUGUUCCCUCUGACUAGUCCAUCUUCCCUCUCCCUGGAUCCCAGACACGCAGUUGUAUUUAA